AUGCCCCUCCGUCGCCGAAACGAACCCGCACCCACCUCCUCAUCUUCCACAUCAACAACAGCCUCCUCUACAAUUCCCCAACCACCACCGUACCAACCCCCGACGAUCUCCAACCCUAAAGCCGACCAACUGACCCUCCACGCGACCUCACACGCCGUCCUCCUCAGCCUCCUGACCAGCCAACCCCUCCGGAACCUGAAGACGCAUCUCCAGCAUGCGCAGGAAAAAUUGACCGAGGCGGCCGGGGAUAUCAACGAACGGUUGACGGAUGCAGAGGAGCGGAUGCGGCGGAAGAAGGAGCGAAAUGCUGAGGAAGGAGGGGAGGAUGAUAAUGAUGAGGAGGAGGUGGCCGCGCUUAAAGAAAAGGUGAAAGCUACAACCGCCAAGUUGGAUCAAAAGAUGCGGGGUGCGAUUGAUGCGGAGGUUAAACUGGAGGGGCUGAGUGAGAUGCUACGGGGCUUGGAUGGCAAUGUUAAUGUGGUGGAUGGCGCGGUGGCUACUAGGAGUCGAUCGACAAGGAGUAGUCGGCGGAGUAGGAGGGAUGGGGAUGGGGAUGAGGAGAUGGAGGAUGCUGAUGCUCGUGGCGAUGACGAGGAGGAGGGGGAGGGAGGUGAUGACGAUGAAGAGAAUGCCGGACCGACGUUGGUAGGCAAGAUAGAGGAGAGUGUCACCGCGACGAAGAACAAGUGGAGUGGGUUGUCGCUUACCCAGAAAUACUCCACCAACAACGCUUACAUCGGAUUCUAUCGCAUCAUCCACGAAGCCAAACACCCGGGUGAUGAUAUCCCCCCACUCCCGCAUGCCUCGACCUGGUUCGCCCACCUCGAAGAAGGGGCCGACAAGAAACCCACAACUUCGGCUACCAGCAGCAGAGGCGCGGCGACAAGCGCAGUAUCGGGAGUGUCAGCUACCACGGGCGCAUCCUCCUCUCGCCACGCCAAAAAUCCUUCCGCUGAAGAAGGCGAUGACGAAGACCCUUCCGACGAAGACAUCGCUAUUUCCCGUGAACGCAUUUCCCUCAAGUGCCCCCUUACUCUCCUCCCCUUCCAGGAUCCGGUCACCAGCACUAAAUGCCCGCACAGCUUUGAGCGCGAGGCCAUUACCGCAAUGAUUGUGCAGAGCCGCACCACCGCCCCGGACCCGAGACACGCUUCAUCCAGUGGGCACGCGGGCCGACGUGCGCGUCGCGUACACUGUGUCAAGUGUCCGGUGUGUGAGGUGGUUUUGACCGAGUUUGAUCUGCGAAGUGAUCCCGUUCUUCUGCGCAGGUUGAAGAGAGCUGAGGCUGCUCAAAGGCGGGAGCAGGAAGAACUGGAGGAGGAAGAGUAUGAUCAAGGAGGUGUGGGUGGGCGGAGGAAGAGAAGUAGGAAAAGUGGGAUCACGGUGGCUAGUGAUGAUGAGGAUGACGACACAGCUACCUCACGAAGAGUGGCGUCUCAGCAAGACCAGAUCAGAAUCAAACAGGAACGCGGUGUCUCCGUCGCCGCUGUUGUGGACCUGGAGGCGGAUGAAAAUGACAUUGGCAGGCAGGAGAUGAUGAUGGUGAUGAUGAUGAUGGGGAGGAGGACGAGGAUGAGGACCAGGAGGUAA